GACAGAGAGAGAGACAGAGAGGGAGGGACAGAGACGGAGAGAGAGACCGCACUCAGAUCGGAGAGAGCCUGGACCGUUCCCGGGGACAUUUCGGUGAUAGAGACAACGGGAACAGUGGGCCGAGUCUGGGAAUCCGGGAAAGGCAAUCUUUCUGAAGCAGUUCCUGCUGUCCUGGGAACGCAGGAGGAGGACGAAGGGAGCGGGACAAACUGACUAUCACUAACCAGAUCAUUUAUGGUGUUGGAGACAGUGAAGAGGAUGGUAUCGGGUGACAUUCUGACAUUAAUCAAGUGACAAACAACAGUGGACCCAAAAAAGAUCUUUGCAGUACCCAUUGGUAACUGAAGUGGGAAAUCAGCCAAACAAAUUCUGUCAACUGUGACUGCAGAAAGGCAUUAAACGAUGAAAGUUCUUCAGACAUACUUUCUAUUUUCAGAGCAUGCACCUCUUCAACACUUCAGACAGAGCCUUCACGCACUGAUAGGUGUACCAACAUGGCAAAUAAAAGAUCAGGAAUUCCCUCCUUCACCUAUUCCACCACUCACAGGUGAUCCUUUGCUGCAUAAUGCUGCAUUCAGCUACCAUGCUCGACCAGUACUGUGAGGCUCUUUCGGCUGCAAGCAACUUUUCAGGACCCUAUUGCAAUUCAUCCACAGACCUGAUUGGAACAUGUUGGCACAAAAGCCCAGUUGGGCAACUUGUGACAAGACCCUGUCCAGAAUACUUCAAUGGCAUCCAGUACAACACAACAAACAGUGUGUUCAGAGAAUGUUUCGGGAAUGGAACUUGGGCAAGCAGGAUUGACUACUCCCAGUGCCAACCAAUCCUGCAGCAAAAGAGGAAACACCAGAUACACUACAAACUGGCAGUGGUUAUUAAUUAUCUGGGACAUUGCCUCUCCUUAGCUGCCCUCAUCAUUGCCUUCAUGCUAUUCAUGCGACUGAGGAGUAUCCGAUGUCUUAGGAACAUCAUCCACUGGAACUUGAUUUCCACCUUUAUCCUCCGUAAUGCCACCUGGUUUGUGCUACAGAUGAUUGAUCCCAGGAUUCAUGCAAGUAAUAAGGUCUGGUGUCGUUUGGCCACAGCUGUUUAUAAUUACUUUUGUGUGACUAAUUUCUUCUGGAUGUUUGGUGAGGGCUGCUACCUCCACACAGCAAUUGUCCUGACCUACUCCACAGAUAAGCUGCGCAAAUGGAUGUUCCUCUGCAUUGGCUGGUGUAUUCCACUUCCCAUCAUUAUGGCCUGGUCAAUCGUGAAACUAUACUAUGAAAAUGAGCAGUGCUGGUUUGGUAAGCGGUCAGGAAAAUACAUUGACUACAUCUACCAAGGCCCAGUGAUCCUGGUGUUACUGAUUAACUUCAUCUUUCUUUUUAACAUUGUGAGGAUCUUGAUGACAAAACUACGUGCAUCCACUACCUCCGAAACCAUGCAGUACAGGAAAGCAGUGAAGGCUACGUUGGUUCUGUUGCCAUUGCUUGGGAUCACCUACAUGCUGUUCUUUGUCAAUCCUGGCGAGGAUGACAUAUCACAGAUCGUCUUCAUCUACUUCAAUUCAUUCCUUCAAUCCUUUCAGGGCUUCUUUGUCUCCAUCUUUUACUGCUUCUUGAAUGGUGAGGUUCGUUCAGCUGUGAGAAAAAGAUGGCAUCGUUGGCAAGACAAUCACUGGAUCCAGACACGGGUUGCCAGGGCAAUGUCCAUUCCAACAUCUCCCACGAGGGUCAGUUUUCAGAGCAUCAAGCAGACAACUGUCUAAAUACAUAGAGUUGGAACAAGUUGAUGCCAGCUCACUGUGUUCCUCCAACUAACCUUCAGUACACUUUACCCCUCAUCAGACUGACUCAAAAAUUCUCUGUUUCUCUCAAACUCACCUAGGCUUUGUCCAUUACAUCAACUCCUUGGUGAUUUACUGAAUAUUUAAGUCAUCAAUAAUUGUUGAAAGAUAAAAGUAACAAAUAUAUAUGAACAUCAACAGAUUCAUAACUAAGUGGAAUGGGUUCUAACUAUCACAGCUAAUUUCAAAUUUCAACUUCCAGAUCCCUGCAGCAAAAGUGACCUUUUUUCCCCAGCCACAGAUUUCUUUACUGGAAGUAGUUGUCUCUCUUGUACAGAAAAUUUGUGGAGUAUGGAUCUGUCAAGUGUAACAACAUCAUGGUAAAGUGGCUGAACUUUUCUGUAAUAUAUGUAUAAUGUACUGUGUCAGUUAUAGUUAGCAUUAUUGCCACUUUGACAGUCAGUGUACAUUGUCGUAUUUAGAGGCCCUAGCAAAAUGGACAGUGUACGUACAGCAAUCAAAAUCUAUGGAAUACUUUCAAUUAUAUUGCAUCACUAACCAAAUAACUAGUGUAGGGCUCGAAUGCUGAAUACUGUUGUAUGACACAAGAAAGAUGACAGGUUCACUCAGUCAGUUGGGAAGGUUCGUAGCUAUGAAUAUCUCCAACAGACAAACUUAAGUACCUUUUCCUAGGCUCUUUUAUAGUUUAUCAAUGGCAUGCCUUCUACCACCCACCACAGAAUUUGAUUGAUAAGUCAAAGAGACGACCAUGAUUUAUCAAUGAACAUCAUUUUUACAUUUCAAAAGGACAAAACUUAGACUCAGAAGAUAUUAUUUUCAAAGCAAACGUGAUCCAGCUGAAUCUCUGUUCAAACUGGUUCUGUGUUCCAGAUGAAUCUGUAUCCAGUAGAUUUACUAUUCUGGUUGAUUCUAUGAUCAACCUGAUUUAGUGUUUUAAUUGACACUAUGAUUAAGUUGAUUCCAUUUUUCAGCUAAAUCUGUUCUGUAGAUAUUUUGUUCUCAUUGUUUGAUAUAUUUAUUUCUGUUGGCUAACUUAUUCUAUUUUCAAACGGUUCUGUGUUUUAGUAAAUUCUGUGCCAUUGUUAAAUUUGGUCAAUGAAUUCACAGUUUUUCUUUAACAGGGUCGAUGCUCCAGCGAUAUGGUUGAUCCUGUGUUCCACGUGAUCUUGAGGGAAUUGUUUUUCAGCAUCAGUUGAUUGAGUGCUCUCAAUCUCAUAUUUUCUGGUUAAUUGUCAUGCCAAACUAGCCUCUCUUUCCAGGACUUCACUCUAGCCACAGGAGAACUCAAAUUUUCAGCUCCACCAGCCAGCAAAACCUUACUCAACUGGCUGAAAGCAAAAUUUAAGUCCUUUUGGGCCUGACCCCGUCCAUUCAAAAUUCUUUUGUCUUACUUAAAUAAAAAACCGAGGGAGAACUCAAACUAUUUAUUAACUGCCUGUAUGAAAAAGAUAUUUCAGCACCCAGUGACAACAUCCAUCUGCAAGAGAAUUAGGACAAAACAUAUCUCUUAAAAGCGUAACAUUGCCACAAUUCAUCCUACCAAAGUGCACAACCUCGUGCCACAUGGUAUUCAAUCUGCCACUUCUUUGCCCAUUCUUCUAGCCUGUCCAAGUCCUUCUGCAGCCUCCCUGCAUCCUCAACACAAACUGUCCUAAUCAUAUCUUUGUAUCAGCUUUCUCCAUGGCUCUCCAGGUUUAAAGUACUUUUUUAGAUUACUUACAGUGCGGAAACAGGCCCUUUGGCCCAACAAGUCCACAAUGACCCGCCGAAGCGCAACC